UCCCAAAAAUUGCAGACCAGAAAAAGCUAUACGCAAUGGUCCUGCCCGGGUUUUGGAUGGACAUUGGACAACCAAAGGAUUACAUCAGUGGCCUGAGACUUUACUUGGAAUCUUUGAAGAAGAAAGCUUCUCCAAAGUUGGCCUCUGGAUCUAAUAUUAUUGGAAAUGUGCUAGUGGAUGAGAGUGCAAAAAUUGGGGAGGGUUGCUUGAUUGGACCGGACGUCGCAAUUGGCCCUUGUUGUGUUGUGGAAUCAGGAGUUAGGCUCUCACGCUGCACUUUAAUGCGGGGGGUCCGUAUCAAGAACCAUGCAUGCAUCUCAAGUUGCAUAAUUGGCUGGCACUCAACUGUUGGGCAAUGGGCUCGCAUAGAGAAUAUGUCCAUUCUCGGAGAAGACGUUCAUGUUGGGGACGAGAUUUACAGCAACGGAGGAGUGGUUUUACCUCAUAAGGAGAUUAAAUCUAGCAUCUUGAAGCCAAGGAUUGUAUUGUAAUUUUUAAAGGUCUGUUUUUAGCAUUGUGGGUCUGUAAUAUACAGUGUGGUGUUUGAAAUGUGCUGUUCAUUUUUUAUUUUUUUUCCCCAUUCAAUUGUAAAAUUCAAAUCUUUGAAAUUGAGUCAUUAGUGUCAGUCCUUUAAGGUUCCAGGUCUUAAAAAAGUAUGGUCAGUUGUUCGAAAAGUGUAAUCUUGUAAACGAAAACAAAUGAUCGCUUUCUUUCGUUUUGGGAUACAUAUAUAUUUGAUUUAAGGAUGGCUA